UUGCUUAGGGACAAGGUCGUGCAAAUCACUAGCGGUGACCCUAGGAUUGACAGAUCUGUAGCCAUCCAAACAGAAAUCACAUUCGUCUACUUACCCGAAGAGAAGGAAGAGGUACCAUGAAAAAAAAGACAUAUUGCGAAAGAAGGGCUACAAGCUCGGAACGUGACGCUGGAAUUCACAAGGAUGAAAACUGCAAGAUGGCCAUCGACUCCUAUAUGCUGAAAUUUGGCAAGCUGUCCGUAUUGGUGAACAACUCUCCUAAGGAGGCAUCAGGAAUCUUGCCAGGGUCUCAAGAACAUCAAUCUGGACACCGCUGAGCAGACAUUUCGGACCCCAAUUUUGAGCGAGCACGUUUGCUGUGACUAAGUAUGUAUUGCCACAUAUAAAGCGUGCUUCACUAAUUAUCAAUUCUACUUGAACAUGGGGAAUUCUCACCUUUUUGACUAUAGCUCAUCCAAUGGUGUGAUCGCGUCAUUCACAGUCGAUUUUGCUCUAUAAAAAGUGCCCAAGGGUAUCAAAGUCAUCAACGUAGCUCUAGAAAUCAUCUGGACGCCGCUUUAA